AUGGUGGAAGAGGCCACAAGGCCAUGGUUUGGCUUGGCAACAAGAGGUACAUCAAUUCCAACCUCAUGUAUGACCAUUUCAGGGGCCAUUUGCAGCCGUUCUAAGGCUUCCAGAGGCUGUGGCAAGGUAUGGGCAGCCAUUGGAGGUUGCUAUGUUGUGUUGGCAACCACAGAGGCUAUUGAAAUGCAUUGGCAGCCGCAAGAGACUGCUGCAAAACAGGAUGUUGAGAGAUGGAAGCAGAAUGGUCUAGACUCUGAUGAUCUGCCGGCUAGGAGGGAGAGUGUUCUGCCUGACCCCCCAAAAAAAGGAAGGAAGAAGCCAAGGAUCCCUUCUGCUGAGAAGACUCAAGUAGGAGUUGUUCCCUCAUCAUCAGCUAGGGUUAAACAUCUCGUUGGUGCAGAUAACAAGAAGAUUGGCGGUAUACGCAAUAUUCGGGAUGCUCCACUCAAGCUUCUGCAGAUAAGCUUGGAUACCGUGAUUUGCUCCGUGAAGUGGUUCACUCACGAAUUAUUUCACCUGCUGAGAGGCAAAGAGAUGCUGAUAUUCCUCUCUGAGGAUGAAGGUCGAACUGAGAGGUCUACUCAUCUACCCAACCAUCAUGAUCUAGCUGUUGAGUCACGAGCAGUCAAGCAUAGAGUUGAUUUAGUGUUGUUGACUCCUUUGGAUGUGAUGUUGGCAACUGCAAAGAAAGGGAGAAAGUCAUCUACCCAAGUGAAGAGUUCUUCUGUUAUGUUGGCAGCUAAUCCCAAGGUGGACAAGUCCAGCCCUGUAUGGGAUGCAUGCGUGUCUAAUCUGCUCAAGGAUAACUUUCUGUCAAGCCCGUCCACUUGUGCUGAGCUGAUUAAUCAUAUCCAUCACGCCAGCGAUCUUGUUACCUUCUUGAGUAUUUCCUUGGAAAAAUAA